AUGUCGACAUCUACACAGACACCUAUCUCUCUUCCGUCAAGAGAAGAAGUUGAAAACUGGAAUCCAGAACAAGUCGUAAAUUUUUUGACAAAUAAUAAUGAUGGACUGAAGUUAUACCUUCGGCCUGAGGAUAUCAAGAUAGUUCAGGAUCAAUAUGUCGCUGAUCAAGCCUUCCUUGGUUACACUGAACAAAAACUUCGCGUAUUGCAACGUAAAGUAUCUUUUCCUAUUCGGGCCAAAAGUCAAUGCGACAAAAAAAGGAAAACAACGUCUACGCUUUUCUGUUGCUAUUUUGGCAUGUACACUUCUGGCGAGUUAUUUGACACCGCUCUUUCUCUAUUAGUUCCCCCAACGAUAAAACGGUCUAUAGCUGACGCUUUCCCAAAGGGCUUGCCUUAUGUGGCACCAAAACCCCUCUUAUACACUAAUGGAUUAGUUUGGGAAUAUCAAAGCAGCCCAACCUUGCUACACAUUUUACAAAAGGAAAUUAAGCAGCAAUAUGCAUACUAUCGGGCUGGAGAAAUCGAUAAAACCACCAUGCCGCUCUACCUUUUCCUCUCAGGUGCCGAUACGGGAAAUCCCGAAAUGCUUCCGAAUUCCACCGGACGGCAGUCGAAUUUCUGGCCUCGAAAACGGCACAGCCAUUAUGGAAAACGAACUAACCGCAAUCAACGCUAUGGUAGUCUGAUGCUUAUGCAACUUCUUCCCAACAAGAAAUUGGAACAUAUCAUUAGAGACUACGAGCCUCCGUUUCCACUGGAGGUCUUGGAAUUGGUCGCCAAGCACAAAGACGUGAAAUUCAAUGAUGCUACAUUUAUCGUGGUCGUCGACGCCAUGCAGACACUCAUGGCCUCAUACGAGGAUAGGCUGCGCGCGGAUUCUCAGUUUUACAGGACUCUGACAGUUAUUGGCGAUCUCGCGCUUUUCUACUUCCACGGCACUUUGCAGUCGAUCUUUGAUAUGCGUUAUCCCCUUAUGAAGAUCCUCGAAGGAGACUGUGGUGAACACGGAAGGGCCCUCGAAAUAUUAUGGAAUCUUACAAAAGGGCUUAACCUGGAUAAUUGCGACGUCAGUGAUUUGAUGCAUACGCUCUGGACUAAAUUUACUGAUAUUUAUGGCGGUGCCUUUCCCAAAGAUGAUAUUGCUAGGGCUAUCGCACGAGUAGUAUUGACUCAUCGACGCUUGGCGAAAGACGAACUUAUCCCAAAUUUCCCGAUCAGGUCGUUGAGCCUGGACUCGUUCGAAAAAACCGGUAGAGAAUCGCUAUUUCCGGACUGGCGACUUGACGAUUAUGAUGAGCAUGUCACCAAAGAGGAUCGGACGUUACCAAAUGGUAGUAGUUGGGAAAUUUUGAAAGAUUCAAAAGCCCAUUUGGAUGGUGAUAUCAACUUUAUAAACCAUCGCCUUGAUAUGGUCUUAGCCGCGAAACAGGUGGGACCUAUAGAUGUGCGACAGCACAGGCACGUUGUCGUUAACGCAAAGUCUGCGAAAGCCGAAGGACCCAUUGCUAACGAGAUACAGCAAUACAAACUUUAUAAUGGCGACAUUAAAAUCAACCAAAAAGGAUAUGAUGAAGAACGGGAAAAGUCUGCAUCAAAAAAUGAUUUCUUUAUUCUCACCACCACACAAGGUAUAACGCUUCCGGCCAACUCUGGUAUUGUGGACCAAGAAAGUUGGCGUAGUUAUUUCGAUCCGUUUACUGGAAGAGCGUUCAUAUACGGUGUUGAAGGCGCUCCAAAUCUCAAUAGGGCCAAUUUCACGACUCUUCAGUUGGUGGAUUCUGUCGGACCUGCAACUGCAAAAAUGAUUAUGGAGAAGAGAAUUUUCGAGCAUUGA